GAUGGAUAACCAUCCAUAUUCUAUCCGAAACCAAGCUCCCUCUCCCACUUUCGAAGAAGAAGAAGCAGGGACCAGGUCCAUCAUCUUCAAGCUCGGCGUCGUCGCCGUCGCAGGCAGUCUUACCGUCGCCGUUGCAGGCCGUCUUACCCGUCGCCGUCACACCCCGUCGGACGCCGUCCUACCCUCUCCGUCACCGCCAGAAAAAUGAAUUUUGAAAGAACGGAGGUCCACCCGGGACCAAUUGUUCCCGAUGUACUAGUUUUGGCACCCGACAAACAUCGUUGUGAUAAAGUGUGGCAAGACCGUGAGUUUGGAGACGUAUCGGUGAAAUGUGUAAAAAAUUUUGGUAGCUUGAGGGAAGGAUUUGGUGUAGAACGUCAUCCACGAGUUGUGGAUAUAUUGCGUGAAUAUGGAUUUUACGAAGUUGAAAGAAUUUCUAAGUUGCAAAUAGAUUGGGCUUUGAUUACCGCCUUAGUGGAGAGGUGGAGACCGGAGACGCACACCUUUCAUCUUCCCUUUGGAGAGGUUGGGAUCAGAUUACAGGAUGUAGAGGUCCUACUUGUUCUCCCCGUAGAUGGCACCCCGGUUGUUAGUUCGCGUGGCAACACCAAAGAGUAUUGGGCCCAAUUGUGUUUAGAUAUGUUGGGGUUUAGGCCAUCUUUAGAGGACGUGACUAAGACGCAGAUCAAAAUGAAUGCGAUCGUACUCAUUCCUAUUGAUGAUGAUAGCCCAGAGGUUGACUUUCGACAGCAUGUUCGGGCAUUGAUGUUGAAGAUUAUGGGUGGUGCUCUGUUUGUUAGCACGACGGGUAACAAGGUGAACUUGUGCCUUUUAGAGUUGAUCGUUGGCACGGCACAAGAAGUCCGAAGUCGCGCUAUAGGCUCCGCAGCAUUGGCUUGCCUUUACAAUAAUUUGUGUCGUGCAGCUCUAUCAGAUACGGCACAAAUCGGGGGGCCUCUCAUUCUAUUGCAGAUUUGGGCAUGGGAGCGCAUCCCAAUGUGUAGACCGCAAGGCUUACUUCCACCUGAGUGUGGGAAAGAUGCACCUUAUGGGCCGAGGUGGGUGUGUUAUCAUCGUUGGACAGUGUCACCGUCUCAUACCAUUCGACCAUACAGGGACCAGUUAGACAGGCUACAAGAGAGAGAGUUUGUUUGGAUGCCAUACCCCGAUUUCCAACAUUUGCAUCCUCACUGCACCACAGGGUUCGCAAUAUGGUGUGCACGUGUUCCGUUGAUAUACACCUAUAUGGUGGAGAUGUAUUACCCAGAUUGGUUCUGUCUCCAGUUUGGUGGACUUCAGGAUAUCCCUCAGGCAGUGCAUUAUGGUCGUGAGUUACACACAGUCAGGACAACCAUAGGGACCAUGGUUCCUAGGACGUCACAUUUUGUAGCAGAGUGGGAAGGCCGAUAUCAGAGUAUUGUGGAUAUUGACUUUGAUCAUCACGGGUACACUGAUGCGUAUCGACACUGGUAUUAUCGUCAUGGUAGACGCAUCAUAGGCAACCCAGCUCAUGACCACGUAUUAGUCCCUGGUUACGUCCCUCUCAAUCCGGACGUUCAUUGUCUGCUUUUCAGUUUGCUUGACAUAUCACGAAGAACAGAUGUAGAUCAACCUGAAGAAGGUCACCCCCUCUACACACUUGUGUGUGGCGUGCAUGAUCAGGUAGUGCAGUCCAUUCGUGACGCUAGAUACGAAGAUAUGCUCACUCAUCCGAUUCAAGUUCCAGCGUACGAGCCUAGGGUGAUUCAUAGGCGUCCUGAUAGACGUCGAGAUGCACCGGUGCUUGGUCGGCCCCCCCAAAGACAAUGUCAAAACCAGAAGAUAGAGGAUGAUGAAUAUAUUGUUCAUCAUAGCCCAGAGGUGCAACAGCAUGGACCAGAUGAUGAUGAAGUAGGGCCAUCUUUCUUUACGCCAUCUUCUGUACAGCCCCCAUUCGGUGUCGGGGCAACCUCUUCCCAUUGUACCACCCCCGCGUAUAUGACGACACAUAUGCCUAGCACACAAAUUCCACUACCGGCAGACAUAUUCGGGGACUUCGUAUCACAGCUGACUCAAGAGGACAAUCUACAAGGUCUCCAGGAUCAGAGAGCAGACGUGGCACGACGUAGGCCACAAAGACAGAUACGAGGCCGGCGGUGCGGUACAGGGAGUCACUACAUUGUCCCAGGACAAUAUCACGAUGACGAAUCUGAUUCGUAAACAUUUAUUGAACGUAUUUAUUGUACUUUAAAGUUUUUUAUUAUUGUACUUUAAAGUUUUUUAUUAUUGUAUUAAUUUGGAUGAUAAAAAUUUUUUAGUCUUCUAUUAAUUUGGAUGAUAAAAUCUAUAUUACUGU